CCCCCCCGGAGGAGUGACGGCGGGCGAAGAUGGCGGAGGCGGCGGCGGUGCCGCAGCACCGGUUCUUCUGCCACAGCUGCAAGGGCGAGGUCAGCCCCAAGCUGCCGGAAUACACCUGCCCCCGCUGCGAGUCCGGCUUCAUCGAGGAAGUCACUGAUGAUUCCAGUUUUUUCGAUGGAAGUGCCCUGGAUGGCAGCCCCUCCUCGCAGUUCGCAGAGCUUUGGGACCACUUGGACCACACGAUGUUCUUCCCGGAUUUCCGGCCCUUCCUGAGCGCCGGCGGCUCCCUGGAUUCCGAGGGCCGGGAUCCGGAUCGGGGCCCCCCGGGAGAGCUGUGGGGGCCCGGCCGCCCCCCCCGGCUGCCCCCGAGCCGCAGGUUCCGAUCCCGAGGCAGCUCCCGCCCGGAUCGCUCGCCCGCCAUCGAGGGGAUAAUCCAGCAGAUCUUCGCGGGGUUUUUCGCCAACUCGGCCGUCCCCGGCUCCCAACAUCCCUUUUCCUGGAGCGGGAUGCUGCACUCCAACCCCGGGGAUUACGCGUGGGGACAGAGCGGCCUCGACGCCAUCGUCACCCAGCUCCUGGGGCAGCUGGAAAACACGGGACCGCCGCCGGCGGACAAGGAGAAGAUCUCGUCGCUCCCGACGGUGCCGGUGACGCAGGAACAAGUGGACACGGGGCUGGAAUGCCCGGUGUGCAAGGAGGACUAUUCCGUGGCGGAGCAGGUCCGGCAGCUCCCCUGCAACCACGUCUUCCACAGCAGCUGCAUCGUGCCCUGGCUGGAGCUGCACGACACGUGUCCCGUCUGCAGGAAGAGCCUCAAGGGGGAAGAUUCCACCCGGCAGACUCCGAAUCCCGACGCUUCCGACAGCGCCCUGCAGGAGCGAUGGACUUUCUGACCCUCCCCCGGAACGUUCCGGAGCCUUCCGGAGCCUUCGGAGGCCGGAGCAGCCCCCGUUCCGGGUGUACAUCGAGAAUUCCAACAAACCCCCCCUCCUCCAAGCAGCGGGAAUUGGGGGGCCCACCCCCCCCGGGAUCGCGGCACCGAGCGCUCUCCUCCCGGGAAUUCCUCCUCCCGGGAAUUCCUCCUCCCGGGAAUUCCUCCUCCCGCUCCGAGGAGCCGCCUCGUCCCUCCUAAAUUGGGAAUUCUGGGCAGGGAUUUUGAUUUGGAUGGAAAGGGGUGGUGGGUUGUUUUUGGUUUUUUUUUUCCAGUGGGGGCUCCCGAGUCCCUCACGGCCUCCUCUGGAAAAGGGAUUUUGGGGGGGAUCUCCCCGCGCUCCGGGAAGCUGGAAUUGUCUGGGAUCGCCUGGAAUUGGGGGGCGGGAGGGAUUUUAUUGCCCCGGGUUGGGUGGAAGCCUCGGGGUCCGUAAAAUCAGGGGGCAGCUGGAGGCAGGAGGGGUCUGGAGCCCUUCCCGAAGGGGGGAUUGGACCCUCAGGAGUCUGGGAAUGCUCUGGGAUCAGGAAUGCUCCGAGCAGGAUUUUGGCAGCUCCAGGA